UGGCAAUCUAAUUGGAAAUUGAAGGCGUUUAAAUUGUAUUGGCACAUCUGUGGCCAAUACAAUUUAAUUUCCAGGCACGUCAUUGAGUAUAAACAUUAUAGAUUCUGAGCGAAGCGAGAAAUGUACAAAAUUUAACAUCAUGAUUUUUUUUUGUCUGUCUAUAAGAUGUUAUCAUUAAGGUACAUUUAAGUAAUUUUUUUUAUAAUUCUCAACAGUUUUCCAAAUAAUUAAGAUAAUAUAAAAUAUUUCACUUCAAAAGUAGUUGACAUAAAAUAUAAAUUUAAAUAUUCCGUUUCCAUGGUUGAUGAUGAUCUAUGAAAUGUUUACUUCUAAUAGUAACGAGCUUGAUAUUUCAUUCUUAUAUGAGAAUUUGUAUUAGCUACAUUCAAGUGACCAAGUGUAUUCGUAUAUGAGCUUACUGAAUAUUAAGUAAUAACCGUAUAAGUGAAGAUUAUAUCUUAAUAUAUUUGCGAUAAUAUUGUUGAAUAACUUGAUUUUUGAAAAAUCACUUUUUUCUUCAAUUUUGAUAAUAAUUUAUAAAACAAAUUGAAAACCAUGGACUCAGCUGCAGCAGGAAGUUCCACAAAACAACUGAACGAAAGCGGAUCAUCAUUAAAAAGUAAAAGAAAGCUCGUCGAGGAGAUUGAUCCAUUGAAUGAAAUGCUGUCGAGAAAAUAUAAGAGGACGAAGGUGUACGCUGGGAGUAAAAGGGCUAUGAAUCCAGAAGUUCCAAGUCUCAAAGAUACUUGCAUAAAUUCCCUAAAGAAGAACUUAGACGAUUUAAAAUCUACUCAAGGGAUCCCAUUCGACUAUCUGGAACCAGCCCUGAAAUUCGCUACUCCCGAGCAGUUGCACAGAAUUGAAAAAAAUAAUAUUUAUCUGAUGCAACACACCAAUGAACUGUGGGAACACCACACUAAAAAACAUUUCCCGAACGAGUACCCUUACAAAGAUGAAUCAUGGAGAGACGUGUACUUUACAUGCGUAGAAAAACGCGAAGAUAAAUUUAAUGUGUUGCGGUUGAUGAUGAAGUCGAACUCACUCAAUAAAAAACGUGGUAUUGUACUAGUACCAGCCGCGAAAUGUGAUACGAAGAAAAAAAAAUAAGAAAAGCACCUGAAUCUAAAGUAUCUGAAAAAACAAACAUCCACACACAAGACCGAAAAAUAAUAGUUAGAUUUUCGAGUUUUGAUAAUUUCAUACUCAAAUGAUGCUGGGAAAAUCAUGUUUUCAAAAUUCAAAUUCGACAGAUCGUUAAACAUUUUAAAAAUGUUAAAUUGGUAUAUCAAUUAUCACUUAUCAGUGCUCCAAAUUUAAAUUGUUAUCAUCAGUUAAAUACAACCAAUCAGAGCUCGCGAUUUGGUUAUGGGUCUCUAGGAAUGUAUGGUAUGCUUAUAUGCCGCCAGGAAAGAAGGCUCGAGAAGAAAGAAACAUUGGUAAAAGAGUGUCGAGGAAAUGUUCUACGUGUUUAAUUCUAUUUGAAGAUUUAUAGAGUGAAUGAAAGGUGUUUUCCAGAUUUUUUGCGAAAUUAUUUGCUUAGUCUUUUUUUGAUGUAGCCCAACUACCAUUGCUGUCGCAUAAGGUACGUGGAGGAUUGUAGACACGAAAAUGUUUAUUAGUAGCUUUCCAAAGGGUAUCAUUAGGUUUGUUCGUUUAGGAAAAAAAGUGUACACUAAUUAGUGUAGUGUCUGGGUGAAUUGAAAGUAGAAUUGAACAAUAGUUAAGUAAACUUUUUGUAUAAUAUUUAAUAUUAAUAAUUAACAAUUGUAAUAUUAAAAGAAAUAGAAAUACAAAAUUUGAACGUGAUGGAGUUUUGUAACUCUUCCGAUGACGAAAUAUUGUUAGAGUUGUGGAAUCCUAUCAAAAUCCCAGCAGCUGUAUAUGUAAACGAUGACGACGA